CGCUUGAGCGUCCUGAUGCUGCGUGCGAAUGGCGUCUUGGCACGCUGCUUGGGAGCGAUACUCACGACAGACUUGAUACAGGAAGGAGCAGGAGCUGGUGCUUUGCCAAGGUGCAGCGUAUGUCCUGUGAAGUGAGGACGCGAAGGUUCAGCAUUGCCCAGAGACAUGGCAGCGUUCUGUGCUCUGGUCAGCAGCGUGUAAGUCCUCUCUGAGCAGUGUAUGAGCAGAGUCUGAGUGAGCUAUACAGAGAGAAGCGAAGCAGCAGUGGAGGAGAGGGUGGUGUACAAGGAUACAGAGCACAAGGCAGCAAGCAUCUCUCAUCACCACCCAAGACCACAUCCUCCAUUGUACAUCAGACCAUGGCAAUCAGCUUCGGGUGUCUGUCCGUCUUCACCUCAAGGAAAUCACGCAGAAUGUCUAUUCCCAUCAUCCUCAGGACAAGCACAAGCACCUUCAGGGACACUACCACAGAGGGAGACCCACUCGAGCGUCACGAACGCUUCGCACUCAGCUCGCACACAUCAGACAGCACACCAGCACUCUCCAUCAUUGCAGAAGAAGACAAGGACGGUGUAGCACCCCCUACAAGCACACCUACGGGCAGCAGACAAGUGAGCAGUUCCGAUGCGACCAGCACGACAUGCAGGCGUGACAUCAGCAAUGUGCCAUACGCAGUGGGUGCGUCAGAGAUCUUUGAGUCACGCAUGUGGCACGAGCGCAGUGAGACUUCCUUCGCAUCGGAUGUCUCGACUGCUGUGCUGGAGGAGCAGCUGAUGGGUGUCUCCCUCUCGCAGCUGCCGACCCCUGAGGCUCUUGUGCAUCCCAGCUCGCAGGAUACAGACAUGACAGUCAGUUCCCGCUGUGUCGCUCCUUCCGUUGCACCUCCUCCGUCUACGCAUACUGUCUCUUCUUCUGCCUCUCUCUAGCCUCUCUCUUCCUUCUGAUUAGUCUCUUAUCCUGCUUGUAGCUCAUCCUGUUCAAUAAUAGAAUCCUCUGCCAGCCAAAU